AAAAUUUUCAGCGCAUUGCUGUCUCUGAAAGCAAGAGAAACCCAGUGGAGAGAGAAGACCAACCAAACCAAAUUGUGGUGGUUGCCGGAAGGCCGUUGUUUGGGUGGCGCGGCAAUGUCGAUGGGGACUGACAGCACUUGGGUGGGGAAGAAGCCGCUGCGGCGCAUCGGCGGCAUGGCCGACGCCCUCUCCAUCGCUUCGGAUCUCGGCUUCUCCGUCGCCGCUCCUCCUACCCAGGAAGAGCUUCAGAACUUGUCCAGUAGUACUGGUGAAAAGGGUGAUGACUUGAUAAAGGUUUUGAGGGACCUUACCUCUGUUCAGAGAAAAAUAGCAGAUCUGCAAGUUGAACUCCAAGGGAGAAAGGAUGAUAAAAACGUAGCGCAUUUGACACAUGCGAGUGAAAUGGAAAAGAAGUGUGAAACUUUGGCAAGGAUUACUACCAUACUGAAAGAUGUGAUUCAGAAUAAGGAUCGCAUCAUAGCCCGUCUUCAACAACCAUAUUCACUCGAUUGCAUUCCAGUAGAAGCAGAGUAUCAGAAACAAUUCUCUGAAUUAUUGAUGAAGGCUGCUAGUGAUUAUGGGGCCUUGACAGCAUCAGUUGCAGAUUUCCAGUGGAGUCAGACAUUUAAGGAGCCUCCUUCGGUUUGGGGGGAAAUGCUUCGUCCAAUUCCUGUGGCAUUAGCAUCAUGCACCCGGUUCUUUGAAGCAAUGUCUGCCAUGAGGGAAUCGUUUUCAACUCUUCAGCAUCUCAGAGUUGGUCAGACUGAUGCGCCCUCGCCUAUAACACCAGGCAAGCAAUCCUCCCGAAGAAUACCAGGUGAUUCUGAAUGUGUAACUCCACCUCCUUGGAGAACUGAACCAAGCUUUGAUGACUUAGCUAUCAGAAGCUCAAGGACGGCUGAAGUUGAGCACCGAGAAGCCGAGGAUGAAAAUAGUGAAAUGGAUGGCACUAGCCACCGGAGAUUGUCAUGGCCUCCGUCAGUUAAAAAGAACGGUGUUUAGUCAAAAUAACUGACACUCGUUUCUUGCGACUCACUGUAUGUGUUUGUGUGAUAUAGUAAUUGUAUAGGUAUCUGCAAAAACAAUUCCAGUACAAUUAUACGCCUUGAAACAGUAACUUAGUUUGUGCAACAAUACAUAUAUUUUCUAUUA